AGUUUGGCCCAAGUGCUCCCAUUUCACCAGACAAGAGCAAGGCCAUAUGGCGCAGUUGUGCUAUGAGAACACCUUCAUAACCGUGAAGGACGCGAUCGGAUCCGAAGCCCGCGCCAGGAGCUCUCCAGUGAGGACCUUGCGGCGAAGCUCUCCGGAGGCCUUCUACGUCGCCAGCCUCCAGCGGGCCAUGGGGCUGACUCCGCCGAUUCCGGUGCCAACCCACGAGCCGGCAGCGGUUCGCGAGGCCGAAGCCGAAGCCCCCCCGGCCAGCGAGGACGUCGCCGCGGCUUCCGAGGCGGAAGCGGAAAAGGAGGUGGCAGUGACCUCUGGCAGUUUGGGCCAUCCGGAGCUCUGCUUCAAGCCGUGCCUCUUCAUGACGAAAGGAGGGUGCCCCAAGGGCGGGGAGUGCAAGUUUUGCCACCUGCCACACCAGCCAGCCAAGCUGAACUCGAGGAUGCGCGAGACCUUGAACGGUCUAUGCCAGGCGGAGAUCCUCGCGCUAGUUCUGCCAUACCUGCGUGCCAAGAACGUGACUGGAGCGGAUCGCCUUCUUGCGGAGAUGGAGAGCCGCUUGGCCGCUCUGCCGCGUGCUGGCUGCGCCGUGCCUCCGUCGAGGAUCAGUCAGCUGAACCGGGCCCUGCGCCGGCUCAGCUUCCGCCAGCUGAUCUUGCUAUCGGGCACGCGUGCUCCAGCGGAGCUGGAACGGCUGCAAGGGCUUGCCGCGGGCCGGGGAUGACUGGGGGCAACUCCAUUGAACCUGCAGCAGGAACACUGCCAAGUGCCAGUCAAGAUGGUUCAAUACAGUGCCAGCGUGCAGCGUAGAUGCAGAUUUCCGUUGUUUGUCAAGCCCGGAGUUGCCCAGGCAACAGUUGGGAAUGAAUCUUAUGCAGAGCGCUUUGUGG